CCAGGCUUCACUACCUAAGGAGUGCCCCCCCCCAAGAGCCCCAUCACAACCUUCGGCCUCUUGCUUGACGGCAGCUUCAAACAACUCACAACCCCUCUCGCCUAGUAACUUAUACAACUAUCGAGGAGGUUGCCCAGCAUGCCUCCUCCUCCUCACCAAAAGCCUGAGAAUGUGCUUAAGCGCGCUCAUGAGCUUAUCGGCGUCAACCAGGCCUCCGCGGCCUUGACUUUACUGCACGAGCAUAUCACCAACAAGCGAUCCCGAAAUGUGCCCAUCGCAUCUCUCGAGCCUGUCAUGGUCCUCCUUGUCGAACUCUCGGUCGAACAGAAGAAGGGAAAGAUCGCCAAGGAUGCUCUCUACCAGUACAAGAACAUUUCGCAAAACACCAACAUCGCCACCAUCGAGCUUGUCCUUAAGAAGUUCAUUGCCCUGUCCGUCGAAAAGGUGACUGCUGCCCAGCAAAAGGCCGACGAAGUCCAGUCCACUCUUGAGACCCCUGGCGAUAGCAACAUCGAGGAUCUCGAGGCCAGCGAAACCCCUGAAUCCAUCCUUCUCGCUACCGUCUCCGGCGAGCAGUCCAAGGAUCGAACCGAUCGCGCCAUCGUCACUCCCUGGCUCAAGUUUCUCUGGGAAGCAUACCGAACUGUCCUCGAUAUCCUCCGCAACAACGCUCGUCUCGAAAUUCUCUACCAGAGCACCGCGUCCCAGGCUUUCGACUUCUGCCUAAAGUAUACCCGCAAGACCGAGUUCCGCAGACUCUGCGAACUGCUCCGCAACCAUGUCCAGACUGCUGCCAAGUACUCGUCGCAGAUGCAUGCCAUCAACCUGAGUGACCCUGAUACUCUCCAGAGACAUUUGGAGACUCGCUUCCAGCAGCUUAAUGUUGCCGUUGAGCUUGAGCUCUGGCAGGAGGCUUUCCGCAGUGUUGAGGAUAUCCACACUCUGCUCAGCCUCAGCAAGCGCCCUCCCAAGAACGUCAUGAUGGCCAACUACUACGAGAAGCUCACCAGAAUCUUCCUUGUUGGCGAGAACUACCUGUUCCACGCUGCCGCCUGGUCCAGAUACUACAGCCUCCUCCGCCAGUCUGCCGUUCUCGUCAGCACUGGACAGGGCAAGAAGUCUGAUAACCCUCCUGCUACUGACGCCGAUCUGCAGAAGGCUGCCUCGUUUGUUCUGCUCUCUGCCCUCGCCAUCCCCGUCAUUAGCACCUCCAGAUCUCGAGGUGCCAUGGUUGAUUUUGACGAGGCUCGCAAGAACAAGAACUCUCGCCUCACUCACCUGCUCGGCAUGUCGCAGGCUCCCACUCGCGCUCGCCUCUUCCGCGACGCUCUUUCCAAGUCUCUCCUUCAGCGUGUCCGCCCUGAGAUUCGCGAGCUCUACAACAUCCUUGAGGUAGACUUCCACCCUCUGUCUAUUUGCAAGAAGAUCUCCCCCAUCUUGUCCAAGAUUGGUGCCGAUGCCGAAAUGGAGCGAUACAUCCUCCCUCUGCAGCAGGUUAUUCUCACCAGACUGUUCCAGCAGCUGUCUCAGGUUUACGAGACUGUUGAUGUUUCUUUCGUUGAGAGCCUGGCUCAGUUCCCCGAGCCCUACCAAGUCACUCGCGGCACCAUUGAGAAGUUCAUCAUGAACGGUAACAAGAAGGGUGACCUUGCCAUUCGCAUGGAUCAUGCUACUGGCGUCCUUAGCUUCGACAACGACGUCUUCUCUUCGUCCAAGGCUGGCCAAGGCUCUAGUGCGGGCUCCGCCGAGGCCGAGAACGGCAGCGUCCAGCGUCUUCAGAGCACCCCAUCUGAGAUUGUUCGAUCCCAGCUCACUCGCCUUGCUAGAUCCCUCUUCACCACUUGCCACUACAUUGACCCCGACUUCAACAAGGAGCGCCUUGCCGCCCGCAACGCUGCCUUGGCUCGGGCCACUGCUGGUGCUGAGAAGGAGCACCUCGACAUCCUCGCUCGUAAGGAUAUCAUUCAGAAGCGCAAGGAGGCUGCUUCAGAGCUUCUUGCCCGCCAGGAGCGUGAGAAUGCUCGUCAGAAGCGACUCAAGGAGCAGGCACUUCAGGCCGCCGAGGAUGAGCGUCUCGCCAACGAGCUUAAGGAGCGCGAGGCGAAGCGUAUCAAGGCUGAGCAUGAUCGUGUCCGCAAGGAAGAGAUCCUGAAGCAGAUUGAGGGUCUCAACCUCAAGGACAAGGAGCUUGACAUCGAUCUCGAUAACCUUGAAGAUGUUGACAGCAACCGCCUGCGUGCCAUGAAGCUUGCCCAGCUUGAGCGCGAAAAGAACGAUGUGAACGAGAAGCUGCGCAUCACUGGCAAGCGCAUGGACCACUUGGAGCGUGCUUACAGACAAGAGGAAGCCAAGAAGCUUGCUGAAGACUACGAAAAGCAGAUUGCUGUCGACCGUGCUAUCUACGACAAGGUCAAGGCCAAGACAUUGAAGGAUUCCGAAGCCAGACACAAGGAAAGUGUCGAGCUCAAGAACCGCCUCACCAGACUCGUCACGCUCUACGAUGACUUCCGCAAGGAUCUACAUGAGAAGCGUCGUGAGGAGUUCGAGAAGCGUCACAAGGAUGCUGAGCGUGAGCUCGAGAAGCAGAUUGCUCUACGCAAGAAGGAGGUCCGUGACCGCAAGUUGCGCGAGAAGAGAGAGCGCGAGGAGCGUGAGCGUGAGCUCAUUGAGGCUGAAGAGCGUGCCGCCAGAGAAGAGGAAGAACGCCGCGUUCGUGACGAAGCUCGCAAGGUCGAGCUUGCUAAGCUCAAGGAACAACGCGACAAGGAACGUGAGGAGAUGCUUGAGAAGGCAGCUCUUCAACAACGCAGAGAAGACGAGGCUUUGGCACGUCGUAAAGCUGAGAGAGAAAGAGGUGGCCUGCGCUCUGAGGCUCCUGCUGCUGCUUCUCCUGCUGACGGUGGCCGUCGUCCUCCUGUCAUCGGUGCCGGCAACUGGCGCGAGCGUGAGGCAUCCAAGAAGGCUGCCGCUGGUGGCGAUGCCCCCCCUGCUCGCUCCGCUGCUCCUAUGGAGCGCACCGAUUCCCAGGACCGUCCCUCCGGCGCUCCCCGCCUUCAGCUGUCUGGCAACAAGCCUAGCUGGCGUGAUCGCGAGAGCAGCAAGUCUGGUGCUGGCAGUGCUCCUAGCUCCGACAGCAUGCCUCCUCCCCAGCGCAACUUCUCCCGUGGAAGUGGUGGCCCCCCUCCUGCCCGUGGCGACAGCGCUCGUGAGGCCCCCCGUGAGGCCCCUGCUGGCGAGUCUGUGCCCUCGCGCACCUCUGGCAAGUGGGUGCCUCCUCACAUGCGCAACAAGGCUUAAGCUCAUGUAUGCCUUGCUGGCAUGGCGCAGCUUAGGUGUAAGACAAAAGGCGUUGAAUGAUUGCGGACUGGACAUGAUUUUGGGUUCUCGAUCUACUUCUUCUCACUUUUUGUCUCGCAAAAAAAGGAAAAUAUUAUCUCUCUCUGGCGUUCAUAGUUGUUUUCUUCCUCGUGGUUUUUAUUUCUUACGUUUUUUUGAUACGAAGCAUCGGAGCGCAAGAGAAGACAUAAUGGCACACAGCCUGUUAACCGGAACUUGUUGCCUUUCAUCUAGAGUUUAAAAGAACGUUACAAUUACUUUACAACGCAUAGUCCCUCCUUCGUUUAAACCAUAUGUGCAUGCUGACAGCUAGUCCGAACGAAUCGCAUCUUGAGGCUCGGGACUCGACCUGCACCGGGGGCUUGCUAGCUGUCAUCGCUCGGGAUCGAGCGGUCAAGCGCCGCUUUCAUGCGCAGCCUAGCUAGCCGAUGGGUGGUAGCGUUCGGCUUGCUUGACCGUAGGUGAUGGUUUGGCAGAUGGUGGGAACGUUACAGGACAUGAAGACAUGCAGGUAGUUGUGCUGUGUGCUGUUGGUGAUGAGACGAAAUGGAACUACGAGUGAUCAUUGUACAUCAGAUAGCAAUUGCCGAUUCCAUAGCGGCAGUUUUUCUCCGAUAGAGGCAGGUAUCUGUUACUAUUUAUUUUAGCUGCCGCGAGAACCGAAAUGGAUCAAGCAAGGCAACUGUAAUUGACGACGGUCUCCUUUUAGCACGUUAAUUACACUGCUACCUGCCGCUUGGCUUCGAGCAGUCUGGGGCGCGCUAGCUCGCGACACCCCUGGUGAAAUGGUUUCUUGGUGCCUAUUGGUUCCCUGUUUGCGAGUAUCAGACUAAUAGUAGGUGACGUCUCCC